AUGCAUUAUUCGAACACAAUUCUUGUUCUUCUUUUUGCUUUAUUGAUCGGAUGUAUUUUCGGAAAUUUAUAUGGUUAGUUUAAUUAUCUCAUUUUUAUGAAAAAAGAGAAAAUCCUUUUUUAGCUAGAAAAAAGAAAGGAUUAAGACAUCUUUUCAGUUGAGGAAAAAAACAACUAUUAGAAAAUAUAUAUACAGGGUGCGCCAUAAAUACGUGGACAGCUAUAAUUCAAUAUUAUUCUCAAAUUUAGAACAGUUUUUUGUAUAUCGUUUUCAAAAUACUUAAUUAGGUCCCUAACGAGUAAAUUGGAACCAAUAUCUCUUAAUCUGGUCGGUUCUGCGACCUGGGAAAUCUUGUAGAACUUCGGGGAAAAUUUCAUCACGGCACGCAGAACAACGAAAAAGUGACAUCGCUAUUUUUGAAUGGAAUUAUUUUUAUUGUGAAGGCUUUAUUCGAGCUGUAUAAUGUUUGAGGGGUUGUCAGAGAGUCCCAAGAAGCCAAGAAAAAAUAUAAAAUUGUCCACCAUGUCUCACACCAAGUUUGGGUGGUGAUUUUUGAAACAGUCUGAUUGAUUGGGAGAAAUCAUUGAUUUCCAUUGAUUUUGGGGUCAAAAUCGGGAGUAAAGUUGAAAUAAAUGUAUUUCUGGACUGAUAUAUGUAACUAAGAAUAAAACUCAACCUCGAUAACAAAUAUCAAGUGCUCCAGCCAAUCACAGUACACAAUAAAAGAUAAAAUCUCCCAAAAUCGCUGUUGAGAAACAAUUUUUUCGAUUUGAGCAACGUUUUUAAAUUGAUGUUAUUUUUGUCAGAAACCAACCCAUUCCAUAAUUCCUUUCAAAUUAGUUAUCGGAAAGGUUCUAGGUAAACCUCCAAUCAUGUAUUUUGACUAUACAGAACCUAGGUUUCAAGUAUUGGGACAAUAUGUCCGACAAAUGGCAGCGUGCCGAGGUGAAAUUUUCCCCGAAGUUCUACAAGAUUUCCCAGGUCGCAGAACCGACCAGAUUAAGAGAUAUUGGUUCCAAUUUACUCGUUAGGGACCUAAUUAAGUAUUUUGAAAACGAUAUACAAAAAACUGUUCUAAAUUUGAAAAUAAUAUUGAAUUAUAGCUGUCCACGUAUUUAUGGCGCACCCUGUAUGUGAAAGGCUAUUAUUUCAGAAUCAGAAGAUGGUUUAUUUUCACCAGAUGAUAUUCCAAAAAGAAGUUUGGAUGCAUUUUGGAGAAAUGUUUACUCACAAAUCCCAUCAGCUCGACAAGGCGGACAAAAAAGAACUGAAAAUUUGAGUCGAGCAAGUGCCAAUGCUUAUUAUAGACUUGGUUAA